AUGAGCCGGCCCCCGCCGACGGGGAAAAUGCCCGGCGCCCCCGAGGCCGCGCCGGCGGACGGGGCCGGCGCGGGCCGCCAGAGGAAGCUGGAGGCGCUGAUCCGGGAUCCCCGCUCCCCCAUCAACGUGGAGAGCCUGCUGGAUGGUUUAAAUUCCUUGGUCCUUGAUUUGGAUUUUCCCGCUUUGAGGAAAAACAAGAAUAUAGAUAAUUUCUUAAAUAGAUAUGAGAAAAUUGUGAAAAAAAUCAGAGGCCUACAAAUGAAAGCAGAAGACUAUGAUGUUGUUAAAGUUAUUGGAAGAGGUGCUUUUGGUGAAGUCCAGUUGGUUCGUCAUAAAGCAUCACAGAAGGUUUAUGCCAUGAAGCUUCUUAGUAAGUUUGAAAUGAUAAAAAGAUCAGAUUCUGCUUUUUUUUGGGAAGAAAGAGAUAUUAUGGCCUUUGCCAACAGUCCCUGGGUGGUUCAGCUCUUCUGUGCCUUUCAGGAUGAUAGGUAUCUGUACAUGGUAAUGGAAUACAUGCCUGGUGGAGACCUUGUAAACCUUAUGAGUAAUUAUGAUGUGCCUGAGAAGUGGGCCAAGUUUUAUACUGCUGAGGUUGUGCUUGCUCUGGACGCGAUACACUCCAUGGGCCUGAUCCACCGGGACGUGAAGCCUGACAACAUGCUCUUGGAUAAACAGGGACAUCUCAAAUUGGCAGAUUUCGGCACGUGUAUGAAGAUGGAUGAAACAGGCAUGGUACAUUGUGAUACAGCAGUUGGCACACCUGAUUACAUAUCCCCUGAGGUCCUGAAGUCACAAGGGGGUGAUGGCUACUAUGGACGGGAAUGUGACUGGUGGUCUGUGGGUGUUUUCCUUUUUGAGAUGCUAGUGGGAGACACUCCAUUUUAUGCAGAUUCACUUGUAGGAACUUACAGCAAAAUUAUGGAUCAUAAAAAUUCGCUAUGUUUCCCUGAAGAUGCAGAAAUUUCUAAACAUGCGAAGAACCUCAUCUGCGCUUUCUUAACAGAUAGGGAGGUACGACUUGGGCGAAAUGGGGUAGAAGAAAUCAAACAGCAUCCUUUCUUUAAGAAUGAUCAAUGGAAUUGGGAUAACAUAAGAGAGACGGCAGCUCCUGUGGUCCCUGAACUCAGCAGUGACAUAGAUAGCAGCAAUUUCGACGACAUUGAAGAUGAUAAAGGCGAUGUAGAAACCUUCCCAAUUCCUAAAGCUUUUGUGGGGAAUCAGCUGCCUUUUAUAGGAUUUACCUACUAUAGAGAGAAUUUGUUAUUAAGUGACUCCCCAUCUUGUAGAGAAAAUGAUUCUGUACAAUCAAGGAAAAAUGAAGAAAGUCAAGAGAUUCAGAAAAAAUUAUAUACGUUAGAAGAACACCUUAGCAAUGAGUUACAAGCCAAAGAGGAGCUGGAGCAGAAGUGCAAAUCUGUUAAUUCUCGCCUAGAGAAAACAGCAAAGGAGCUAGAAGAAGAGAUCAGCUUAAGGAAAACUGUGGAGUCAGCACUGCGACAACUAGAAAGAGAAAAGGCGCUUCUUCAGCACAAGAAUGCAGAGUAUCAGCGCAAAGCUGAGCACGAGGCGGACAGGAAGCGCAAUCUGGAAAACGAUGUUAACAGCUUAAAAGAUCAGCUUGAAGAUUUGAAAAGAAGAAAUCAGAAUUCCCAAAUAUCCACUGAGAAAGUGAAUCAACUCCAGAAACAACUGGAUGAAACCAAUGCUUUGCUGCGAACAGAAUCUGAUGCUGCAGCCCGAUUAAGAAAAACACAGGCAGAAAGUUCAAAACAGAUUCAGCAGCUGGAAUCCAACAAUAGAGAUCUACAGGAUAAAAACUGCCUGCUGGAGACUGCCAAGCUGAAGCUUGAAAAGGAGUUUCUGAAUCUGCAGUCAGCUCUGGAGUCUGAGAGGAGGGACCGAACUCAUGGAUCAGAGAUGAUCAGUGAUUUACAAGGUAGAAUAUCUGGCCUAGAAGAAGACUUAAAGAAUGGCAAAAUCUUAUUAGCAAAAAUAGAACUGGAGAAGAGGCAACUACAGGAGAGAUUCACUGAUCUGGAAAAGGAAAAGAGCAACAUGGAAAUAGACAUGACAUACCAACUAAAAGUUAUUCAGCAGAGCUUAGAACAAGAAGAAGCUGAACAUAAGACCACAAAAGCACGGUUAGCAGAUAAAAAUAAGAUCUAUGAGUCCAUUGAAGAAGCUAAAUCAGAAGCCAUGAAAGAAAUGGAGAAGAAGCUCUUGGAGGAAAGGACAUUAAAACAGAAAGUGGAGAACCUGUUGCUGGAAGCUGAGAAGAGAUGCUCUCUGUUAGACUGCGACCUCAAACAGUCGCAGCAGAAGCUGAGUGAGCUCCUCACGCAGAAGGAUGUGCUGAACGAAGAUGUUAGAAACCUGACACUAAAAAUAGAGCAGGAGACCCAGAAGCGCUGCCUCACCCAGAAUGACCUGAAGAUGCAGACGCAGCAGGUGAGCAGCCUGAGGGUGUCGGAGAAGCAGCUGCGGCAGGAGAACAGCCACCUCACGGAGGUGAGGGUGAGCCUGGAGAAGCAGAACGCCGAGCUCCGCAAAGAACGCCAGGACGCAGAUGGGCAAAUGAAAGAGCUCCAGGAUCAGCUGGAAGCAGAACAGUAUUUCUCAACCCUUUAUAAAACACAAGUUAAGGAACUAAAGGAAGAAUGUGAAGAGAAGACCAAACUUUGUAAAGAGUUACAGCAGAAGAAGCAAGAACUGCAGGACGAAAGGGACUCCUUGGCGGCCCAGCUGGAAAUCACCUUGACCAAAGCAGAUUCUGAGCAGUUGGCACGUUCAAUUGCUGAAGAACAAUAUUCUGAUUUAGAAAAAGAGAAAAUUAUGAAGGAGCUGGAGAUCAAAGAGAUGAUGGCUAGACAUAAACAGGAACUUACUGAAAAAGAUGCUACCAUUGCAUCUCUUGAAGAAACCAACAGAACACUGACUGGUGAUGUUGCCAAUCUCGCGAAUGAGAAGGAAGAAUUAAACAACAAGUUGAAAGAUGCUCAAGAGCAGCUUUCGCGGUUGAAGGAUGAAGAGAUAAGCGCAGCAGCCAUUAAAGCACAGUUUGAGAAACAGCUGCUGACAGAGAGAACGCUCAAGACUCAGGCUGUGAAUAAGCUGGCUGAGAUCAUGAAUCGAAAAGAACCUGUCAAACGUGGUAGUGACACAGAUAUGCGCAGAAAAGAGAAGGAAAAUAGGAAGCUACACAUGGAACUUAAGUCUGAACGUGAAAAAUUGACCCAGCAGAUGAUCAAAUAUCAGAAAGAACUGAAUGAAAUGCAGGCUCAAAUAGCUGAAGAGAGCCAGAUCCGGAUCGAACUGCAGAUGACCCUGGACAGUAAAGACAGCGACAUCGAGCAGCUGCGGUCACAGCUGCAGGCCUUGCACAUUGGUCUGGACAGUUCCAGCAUCGGCAGCGGACCCGGAGAUGCCGAGGCAGAUGAUGGGUUUCCAGAAUCAAGAUUAGAAGGCUGGCUUUCGUUACCUGUGCGAAAUAACACUAAGAAGUUUGGAUGGGUUAAGAAGUAUGUGAUUGUAAGCAGUAAGAAGAUUCUUUUCUAUGACAGUGAACAAGAUAAAGAACAAUCUAAUCCUUACAUGGUGUUAGAUAUAGACAAGUUAUUUCAUGUGCGGCCAGUUACCCAGACAGAUGUAUAUAGAGCAGAUGCCAAAGAAAUCCCAAGGAUAUUCCAGAUUCUGUAUGCCAAUGAAGGAGAGAGUAAAAAGGAACAAGAAUUUCCAGUGGAGCCAGCGGGAGAAAAAUCCAAUUACAUUUGUCACAAAGGACAUGAAUUUAUUCCCACUCUUUAUCACUUCCCAACCAACUGCGAGGCUUGUAUGAAGCCGUUGUGGCACAUGUUUAAGCCCCCUCCAGCGUUAGAGUGCCGGCGCUGCCACAUCAAAUGUCACAAAGACCACAUGGACAAAAAGGAGGAGAUUAUAGCUCCUUGCAAAGUGUACUAUGAUAUUUCGACGGCAAAGAAUCUGUUGUUAUUAGCAAAUUCUACAGAAGAGCAACAGAAGUGGGUUAGUCGGUUGGUGAAAAAGAUACCUAAAAAACCCCCAGCCCCAGAUCCUUUUGCACGGUCUUCUCCUAGAACUUCAAUGAAGAUUCAGCAGAACCAGUCUAUCAGACGGCCAAGUCGACAGCUUGCCCCGAACAAACAAAGAUUGCUUGAUUUGGCAUUUAAAGACUGGGAUUGGUCAUUUGAUGAUGUUGAUGGUGAUGAUGAUGAUGAUGAUGAUGGCGAUGUUUUUGAUUUCUGAAGAAAUAAAUGUGGUAAAUCAAAAAGUGGAAAGUGAAUGAUUCUAGUACUCUCAUAGUGCAUGUGGUUUGCACUGGGGCUUUUAUUAUUU